AUGCCCGAUCUCCGUCGGCAGAUCUUUGAGAGCGGCAAGACAACAUCCCGCAAAGCAGCUUCUCGUGAGGCUUCGAGAGCCACCUCUCGCGCUAGUUCCAAACCGACCUCACGCCAGUCUUCGCGAGCUGCAAGCAGGCAGCCAUCUGACGAUGAGGAUGCAGGAUAUCUUUCUGACGAAACAGCCAUGAGUAUCGGCUCACUGGAUGAUGAGAACCCUGAGCAGGAUAAUGUCGAUUGGCCCCAGGAACUCGCUGAUCGGAUCCAAGAGAUCCUCGACCGCAAGCGAUCUAGUGUGCAGGGUCGCGAAGAGGCUCUGGCAGCUUUCUGCAGGCUUACAAAAUACCAUUAUGCGGUGGAGGAGAUAUACGCAUCGGUCACUGAUCUGCUUGCUGCUUUCGCAAGGAGUGUUCGGUCGGACUCUGCUCGAGAGACAACUCUGGCACUACGAGCGAUCGAGUUGCUUGCCAUCACAGCCAGUGACGAUAAGGUCUUUGAAAAUACCGAACCACUUUUGACUCGCACAAUUCAGGACUCAUCUUCCAAUGCCGUCAAAUCUGCGGCAAUCCAAUGUCUCUCUGCAUGCACCAUCUUUGGUGGCGCUGGUGAAGAUGGCAUUCUCGACCAAAUGACUUUCCUCCUAGAUAUUGUCGCCUCUGACGGGCAAUCGAUCAAUGCGCCAGAUGACCCACUCAGCGUGACAGCGGCACUGCAGGCUUGGGGAUUCCUGGCAGCGGAGAUAGAAGAUUUCGAAGAUGAGAGCGAAGAAUCCGUGCAAAUCCUCAUGGAUCAGCUAGAGAGCGGCGAUUCGGCAGUACAGAUUGCAGCGGGUGAGAACAUCGCCUUACUCUAUGAGAAGAGCUACACACCACAAGAAGAUGACGAUGAUGAGGGCGAGGAAGAUUCCGAGGAUAGCGAUGAGCAUGAAACUGCCACCAACGGCCCAAAGCUCGUCAAGCGUUACAACGCCUACCACAACACCCCUGAACUAGAGCGUCAAUUGCAGUCUCUGGCACAUGUGCACUCGAAGACAAUCAGCAAGCGCGACAAGAAAUCUCUACACAGUAACUUCGCGUCAAUUCUCACAACAGUCGAGAACCCUCGUCGUGGACCUCGUUACAACAUGGCCAUCAACCAAGACACAAACCGACAUUACGGUAGCACUCUGACGGUCAAGAUUGGUCGGCACGGCGUCAUGAGUAUCGAUCGGUGGUGGAAGUGGACUCGCUUGACAGCACUGCGCCGAAUCCUCCAGGGUGGUUUUACUGAGCAUUAUUACCAGGGAAAUCGUGCUGUUCUCAACAAUUUGCCCGUGAUGCUACGAAGCGCUGAGCCCAGCCAUGGGACGGUCGAUCGACAAAGUGCGAAGAAGGCUGCAAAGAUGCGGAAUUCUCGACGAUGGACUGCACAAGAUUCCGAUGAGGAAGAUUAA